AUGUCUUCCUCUGAGUCAGCUUCUUCGGAAGACGAUAGAAAGAAACCAACUGCUGCCACGUCGGACUCAGAUUCGGACUCCGAUGCUCCUGCGCCGAAGAAGAAUGCUAGUGAUUCAUCGGAAUCGGGAUCCGAUGUCGAAAAACCAAAAGCCGCACCUGCCAAAAAGAAAGUCCUCACGAAAAGGAAACGAAAGGCAUCCAGCUGCAGCGACGAUGGUGUGGACAACAGUCUAUUCGUUGAUAAAGAGGAUAAGGCUAGAUGGAUGGGACUGUCAGAGUUGGAAAAAGAGAAAGAGAUUUUCGAAAGAAUCGAAGCUCGUGAGAGUGCCCAAGCUCGAGAGGAAAUCGCACAACAGCUUGCGAAGAAAGCCAAAAAAUCUGAAAAGAACGCGAAAAAUGAGAAGAGGCGAAAGAUGAACAGCGGAAGCGACGGAGGAUCACCUAAGAAUCGGAAUUCAUCAGAUUCAGAUUCUGAAAUGGAUGCAGAGUUUCAUCGACCGAGUGAAAUAAACCGCAAACAUAAGGAAAAGAACGCGAUGGAUGCUCUGAAGCACAAACGUAAAGAAAUUGAAAAGAAAAAUGCGAAGAAUGCUGCUCUCUCCAUUGACGCUGUGUUCGGUGCCAACAGUGGUUCUUCCAGUUCUUCCAGUUCAAGUGAAAGCUCACGAUCUUCUUCGAGUUCUCGUGAAUCAUCUCCAGAACGGACGGCCGAACAAGAAAAAGUUCUUAAAAAGGAGGUUGAUGCUUUAGCUGAACUUAAAAAAUCCCGUCUGUCUCGUCAUAAAUUGUCGCUGAUGGUCCACGCCCCAUUCUUCGACUCCACUGUCGUUGGAUGCUACGUUAAACUCGGACAAGGAACCAUCAGUGGAUCGGAUAGCAAGUACCGAAUAUGGAAGAUUGUUGGUGUUGAAGAGACAAACAAAGUCUACGAUCUGGAAGGGAAGAAGACGAACAAAAGCAUCAAAUGCCAGUUCGGUAAAACUGAGCGCCCGUUCCGUAUGCAAUUUGUAUCAAACGCUGAUUUCGAGCAAGUCGAAUUUACGGAAUGGCUAGCGGCCACUAAAGCGUAUGGCGUCGUCCCGACAGUCGAUAUAAUGGAUAAAAAACGUCUUGACAUCGAGAAAGCAAUCAACCACAAAUAUUCGGAUAAAGAAGUUGAUCAAAUGGUCCAGGAGAAGUCCAAGUUCCAAAAAGUUACCAGAAACUUUGCGAUGACGAAGGCUGGCUUGUCAAGGCAGAAAGAACUUGCUCAACAGAGAGGAGAUAUUCGAGAAGCCGAAAGGGUUCAGAAAGAAAUUGACGAAAUUGAACGGACCGCCGAUGAGCUGGAUAAGCAGAGAAGCAAGUCUAUCAGCGCGAUUGCGUUCAUCAAUCACAGAAAUCGAAUGUCAAUCAAGGAUGCUAUGCUCACUGGACAAGUAAAGAUUGAGGAGAACAAUCAAGAUGAUCCGUUCACCAGAAAGAAGGGUGGUAUGCGUGUAGUAUCUGGAUCUAAGUCUAAAUUAGAUGGAACUCUCUCAAACUCCUCAUCGACGACUAACUUGUCUGAAACUGGCAAAGAGUCAACAGCGAAACCGACACUUCCACCUCCGAACCUUCCAAAAAAGAAGACGAAUAUGUCCAGUCUACACGAUUUCGAUCUUGAAAUAGACUUUGGGAAACUUAAGGAUCUUAGUGCAUCGGAUCCAGCUGCAAGGCGCACAUCCAUGACCACCUCUGCUAGAGGAAUUCCAAGCAGUGGUGACUACCGCAUGCGCCGUUCAGGCGGUGGAGACGCGGGUCCAUCGUCUUCGUCAGCAUUUUAA